CAGAAUAAUAUCUUUUUUUUUUGUAUUUUCCCUAAUCGCAAAUAUUUAAUCACAAGAAAUUCAUUGAUAUAAUGAAUAGAUUCUUUCAUUUAUUUUUGUUUAUCAUGCGUAAUAAAAUGUUUUAAUAAAAUUUUAUUAAUUCAAGAAAGACUCGCUUAUUCUAAAGAUUUAAAGUCAAACUUUGAUACAAAAUCUAUCGCAAUUUUCUUAAUGUAAUAUAAUUAUGUCUGUUUGUGUACAUCCUCUGUACGCUGGGGUGUUUACUCUUAAUCGAGCAGUUAAAUUCAAUCUGAAAUGAGAUCCACGUGUUCGUGCGUUAGCAAAUGCACUAAUACGAAGUCGUCUAGUCGAUGUGCGACGAUUCUGAUCUGUUGGUCCAUCUAUUCCUGGCAGUGCACAGUGUGGUGCUCGCCUCCGUCAAGUUCCUGUCUUGUCUUCUCACGCUGAUUAUCCUGAUCGCCUACUCUAUCUUCAUCGCUAAUUGUCCCUUGAUUAACUAUAUUAUCAAUACUCAAAAUAUAUUUACGCCACAAAAUUUUAGAAAAAUGGCACGCGCUAAAGUUAUUCGUAUGUUCCUACGUACAAUGAGUGAGUUUAAUUAGCCAGAGUGAUAACGGAAUUAUCCUUAAAUUAAUUCAUCUUAAGAUAACUUUAAUAUCUGAGAUAUUCGGUUCAACGUCUAAUUGAAGCCGGGUUCGCUGGUGCAUGAACGUCAUUGUUCUAACCGAACAACAUGAUCUUCUGUUUUGCAUCUCCACGGGACAUUGUCGUGACGUUCUAGAUUUCUUUUCGCUAGAUCUACUGUCCGUUAUCAUCGUCACAGCUGUUCGAGACGAAUCGUCUAAGAAAAUUGUCGGGCUGUCGCUUAAAGUACAAGAUUUAUUUUAUGAUUCGAUCAUAUAUUUAAUAAUGAUUGCGUUGGACAUAAAUAGUGCGAGUCACGGAGAAACUGCAUAAAAAUUAUAGAACGUGUAAUGUGAUUAUAUGACAGUUCUCGUGUGAUUGUUAAAUUCGAGAAGUGAAUAAUUACAUGAGAUUCAAUAUGGUGAGCACAAAUCCGCCGAUAGGGACAAACACCCUCAAUCGUAUGAGAAACACAUUUUGUGGAGUGCCAAAGGCUGAAAUUGAACGUAGGACUAAUGCGCUUUUACAAUCCAUGACGAUCGAAGAGCUUUAUGCUGCGCUAGUAUAUAUGACACAACAUCAAAUUGGCUUCGACGUUUCAAGAGAAUGCAGCCAGGAAACUCUUUUGAACCAUUUACAAAAUGCCUUCAAAAUUGAUAACAUAACACAUGAGAGAGUGUUCAAAGAAGCACAAAAUCUUGAGCCACCAGAACUUCAUCUUAAUGUUGAAGUGAUUGAAGCCAAAGAACUAGCCCCCAAAGAUUCUAAUGGCAAAAGUGAUCCUUUCUGUGCUCUUUAUCUCGAAUCAGCACCUACCAGAAGAUACAAUACUGCCGUUAAAACUUGUACACUAAGUCCUGUCUGGGAGGAACAUUUUGAAUUGCCAUUGGAGGAUCCUGAAAAUGAUAUCUUAAACCUUGAAGUUUGGGAUUUUGAUGCUGCCGAAACUGUGCCUGAAAAAAUGAGUAAAGUUAAAGAUAUUAAAGGUGUUCGUGGCUUAGUAAAAUUAGCCAAAGAAAUUGCAGUAACAGCUACAACUGGUAGUCAUAAUAAUGAAUUCAUUGGUCGAUGUCGGAUAUUGUUGAAGGAUAUACCUACAACGGGCCAUACUAUGUGGUAUGCUCUAGACAAGAAAAACAAAUCUAAACGUCGUGGCGUUGUAAAGCUCCGACUGGCCUUCAGCGCGGAGCAUAAUGCACAAGUGGCCGCGCAAGAGCAUCGGCAUCUGCUAAGAGUGCUGCUGCUUCAUGAGAUUGAAACGGAAAAAAUAGAAAAGUAUUGUUGGUGUGGCCGUUGGUCGGGACCAGCUGAAGCACUGAUUCUUCAACAUAGCGCGCAACGUGGCUUAUUAGCCAGAAAUCUCGCUUUAGCACAAUGGGUCGAAUAUGCAAGGAUCCAUCAGGAACAUCCAUUAAGUUUUACAGUCUUCAAUAAACUUGUGAUCGAUUUACUCAGACCAUUGGAAAGCGGUCUCUUCUCCUCCGAUGAAACAAAACUCUUUUGGAAAGCCACGAAGAAAAUAAUAUUCUCAUGCUUGAACAGUAUACGAAAAAUUAGAAAAUUAAUUUUGGGCGAUAAAAAUACUAUAGUACAACUAUCGUCAAUCUUAGGGAUAUUAUCGUCUAUAUCUUCUCUAAACGCUCCUGAAGACGUAGAUCUUUUUCCCGCUAAAAUGUACUUUUGGUUCUCUAAAUAUGACGAUUUAAAAAAAGUAGACAUACUCCAAGGAUUGGAACACACUAUUGCACAAGGCUGCGCCGAAUGGUUUGAGCACGUAAUAAGCAAUAAUUCGCCUGACACAGAAUCGGAUGAAGAUGCGCUUAGGUAUCAUAUCAAAAUAAUUCAACUGAUUAGAGCGGAUUUACAAAAAGCUAUUGAUUAUUACGACAAAUUAUUCAUAAAGAGAAUCAACGUUCCAUAUGCAAGACUAAUGUACAUUGCGUAUGAAAAGAGAAUCAGUGACAUGUGCAUGAUCAUUAUAGAGGACGUGUGUGCCAGAUUGAAACGAAUUGAAGUUGAUAGCACCGACAACGCGGAAUUAAGCUUGGGCACGACAUUAUUCGAGCUUUACCUCACGCUUCAAAGAUACGCUACACUUGGUCAGGUACUUUGUGCCGAAGGAGAGUUAGAAGAUAUGAAAAUACAAAAUUAUUAUGAUUGGUUCAGAGGCGGUGUCGCACAUUGGCUAGAAAUCGCAGUGUACAAAGCACUUAAACGCAUCGACAGAGCUGUCGAAAUUGAUACUUUACAAGCAAUCGACAAUAGUGUUCAGUAUAGUUCAAGCGCAGUAGAUACAUUAACUACAUUUUAUCAAAUCAAAGUUUUCUGGACGCAGCUAGCGUGGCCUGACGUUGAAGGUUCUUAUACGUUCAUAGCAAGAAUAAUUGACGACAUUUGUAAAUGUUCCAUGGCAUAUGCCGAUAAAAUGGCAACGAAAGCGGAGCUGACAACGGAAUUGGAACAGCUUUCGCAGAGUAGCGUUUAUGAAAAAAGGUUUACAAUAUCAACGGCCUGGUGCUUUGCUAUUAAUAAUAUCGAUUUUAUCAGAACAUCGAUCGUACCGUUGACCAAAGACUUAGGAUUGCAGAAUAUUGUGGAUGCUUUAGGAGAACACAGGACUCACGAAGAGGCUGAUCGUUGUCGACAGACUCUCCAGCUUAUCAUUGACAACGCCACAGAUACUGUGAAGAACAAGAUCAUAGAGUUGUUGGAAGUUGUAGCCAACAAAAUGGCACCUGCAAUGAACAGAUAUCUUAUGGAGGGUGCCGAAUUAAUUGGUACGACCAGCAACGCGAUGGAUCGUCUGCUACAGUAUCUAGAUAGUAAUCUAGAAACUCUGCAUGAUAAUCUCAACGAGGACAACUUUAACAGAGUUCUCCUGGUGAUUUGGGAAAUCGUGUCACAGACAUUGUAUAAGCUAGUCAAUAGCAAUUUAGAAAAACGACGACCACCAGCAUUUUAUUCAAACUUGCAUAAAACUCUCCACACGCUUAUCCGAUACUUUAACCUCGGUGCCGAUGAAGCAGCAAACGUGCAAGUUUUAGAAAAGAUCGAACGUCUCUUAGAAUUACAUGGACUUGAAACUGCCGAGCUCGUACAUCGUUAUCAUCAGGAACGCAUGGAGGAACAGAAGGAAAUGGAAGAACCUGUUUACGGUCUUGUUAGCGUCAAAGCGUACUUCGUUGAUAAUACACUGAACAUACAAAUUUUAAAUGCCAGAAAUCUUCAUUGUUCGGAUAGCAAUGGCCAUUUUAUAAGCAAGCUGUCUACUCUCGAGCGUAAACUGCAUUCAAAAUCUAAACAAAGAGUCAAAGAGGGGAAGACAAGCAAAUGCGAUUCCUACGUGAAGAUUAGACUACUGCCUGAGGAGAAAUUUGCCGACAUUAAAGCGCCGAAGACGCAUGUGCAGAAAGAGACGCAGUUUCCGCUGUUUGACGAAACAUUUAACAUUCCUCUUACUCCGGAACAAAGAGCUUUAGACAACGCUAUAGUGGCAUUUGAAAUAAAGGACAAGGACUUUCUUAGGGCAAGAUUUAUGGCUGAAGCUUUCCUACCAUUUAGUGAGAUUUCUGACACUGAACCGGAAACUAGUUUCGCAACUUUAGGACAAAUUCAUUUGAAACUUUCUCGUCCAACCAAAAAAAAUACGGAUAUCAUUCGCGCAUUGGAGCAUCGAAAAGGAGACAAUCAAGCGAUGGACUUUAUUUCAAGACUUAAUACUAAGACGAACACUAAAUGAUCCACGUGGAGCUUCAAUAUCGAUCUACGUUUGGAUAAUUUUCGAAAAUAUGCAACGGAAAAUAUAUUCACCCAACUCAGUCUAUUCAAGACGUGGCAAUGUUGAUAUGUCAGCGUUGUGCUGUCAUAGUAAACGCUUGCAGCGCUUGCAUAGUGAAUAUUUCUUGAUACUUUGUAUACUUUAGCCAUCGCGCUGUUAUAAAUUCCAUAACGCGAUGCUUACAAGUGUCUUAAGGCUGUGCAGUUUCGAUUAUUUUUUAUACCUUUGUGAGAAUUAUUAAAUAUCGCAUUUCGAAACUUUUAACCGAAAACUGUAAGGCUGAGUAAGUGCUACUUAUAGAGAGGACUAUAACUGUAUUUGUUAAGGAAAGCAAGAAGUUAAUCAUGUUCAAUAACGAUAUACUCAUAGAUACCUUUGUUAUAUAACUUAUAUGUUACAUAUAACUUAUAUUUGCGAUGUAAUAGACAUUUAGAAACAUCUUUUAUAUUGUAUAUGUGUAAGUAAUAUUGUUAUACCAGGAAAUAAAAUAUGUAUAUAGAUCUUAA